UAUUUUUUGAAACAUUUUCCAUUCCAGAGAUGGAUCCAAAUGAGCUGCUGUGGCCAUUCAGUGAUGAGAACCCAAAAAACGUCCUUGGAAAAUGACUUUGUUCGUCCUUGGGGUCUAUUUAUUGGUUGGCCUCUGAGUUUUUCUCCACCAGUGCAGAGAAAGGGCCUUGAGGAUGUCACCGGAGCAGCCGUCUCUCUCUGGCUACAACAGCCGGUCAGAUGAUGUCAAGGCGGCCCCCAUCCCUGCGGCAACCUCUCAAUCCCAACAUCACCAUCACGGAUGACAGAAGAAGGAUGUCGGAUGUUCUUCCUUGGUCUAUAAUGUGAGGGUUGGAUCUGAUUCCUGGUGUUGGACUGUGAAGGGAGCAGGAUGAUGGACAUGGUCUUGGAUUUGGCAGGAAGGAUGACAAAGAACUGUGGUCCCCACAAUACAAAAGUAGAUGCUGAGGCCCUGAAAAGUGAGCAGGGAAGAGCAACAAAGAGGAUAAUGGAUCUGGAGGCUAAAUCAUGUCAUGAGCCACUAACUGGGUCUGGGUAUGUUUAGCUUAAUGGAGAGAAAGCUCAGGGGAGACACGAUAGUAUCUUGCAAUAUUGGAAAGGCUGUCAAGGGAAAAGGGUGUUGAUUUAUCCUCCAUAGCAUCUGAAACAAUGGUUGGAAGCUCCUCAGAGGGAGAUCUAAUAGAAGGAGGAGUUUCCUGACAGGGAGAACAAUUUUUUUUUUAAUUUGAUUUAUAUGCUGCUUUUCUCCGGAGACUCAGGGUGGCUUACAAUACGUUAAGCAAUAGCCUUCAUACUUUUGUAUAUUUAUACAAAGUCAGCUUACUGCCCCCACAAUCCGGGUCCUCAAUUUACCUACCUUAGAAAGGAUGGAAGGCUGAGUCGACCUUGAGCCUGGUGAGAAUUGAAUUCGCAGUAAUUGCAGGCAGCUGGAUGUUAAAUGCUGCCUUAGGAGGCAUUAGCCUCCUACGCCACUCAGGCUCCUCAUUAACUAAUGGAGUAGCUGGUUGAGUUGUGAGCGCUCCCGUUACUUGCCUCAGCUCCUGUGCCCACCUGGCAGUUCAAAAGCAUGCAAAUGUGAGUAGAUGAAUAAGCACCACUUUGGUGGGAAGGUAACAGCAUUCCAUGGGCCCUGGGGGUAUAGCCAUGCUGGCCACUUGACCACGGAAAUUGUUUUCAGACAAUGCUGGCUCCCUCGGCCAAAAAGGGGGAUGGGCACCAUCCUCUAGAGUCAGCCAUGACUGGACAGAGUAAAUCUUCACUUUUACUUCAUUAUCCUAAACAUGGAGAGCCCUGUUUGAAGGGGCAAAGAAAUCAGCUGGAAAUUCCAGGCACCCUGGUGGUGGUGGGUUUUUUUUCCUUUUUUUCUUCCAUUUCCUUAUUGACAUAGCUGUGACUUUCCAUCCUGUGCUGUUUCAUGAGGGAUGCUAUCUCUUGUCUUUUCACAGCCCAAAGGCGCCGAAGCCAAACUCGGAAACAAAGAGAAGAAAUUGCUGGGUCAGGUCCUGUCCACAUUACGGCAGGAACUGAGCCUGUCCCCAUCGAAGAAGAGGAAGAGGUUGUCUCAGUCGGGGUCUCCCUUUCCUCCACUUUUCUUCUGAUGUGCGACUAAUGCGGACCUUUGCUUUUUUUCUCCCAAGUACUGUUGGCCUUUUGAGUUUUCCUAGUUUUCCUUUCUGUCUUUCCUGUCUUUCUGCUUGGCAGGAACAGAAGAAGAAGGAAGAGGCAAAGAGUGGCAAGUGGCUUCGUCCAGAAAGUCCUGGGCCCAGUUGAGAUAUUCAAUGUUUCCUGUCCCCAUGGCCCUCAUGCUUAUGAGCAGCCAUCUCCUCACCCUUCCCAGAUGCAUGGACAUCCACGGGAGAACCACCACCAACCAAAUAGAAGGCAUUGCAUCCAGCAGUGAGAGAUUAUUAGCCUGUCCCAGCUUGGCCAUUUAGGAAAGACAGAUUCUCAUCUCCAUUUACAGUCGAGUUGCAUUUAGUAAAAGGUAGGCUUUUACUAAAGCCAAGUGGUUACAGCGUAAGCAAAGCUAGAUCUGAGGAUUCCUGCCUAAACCCGGUAAUUUUCCCUUUCUUCACCCUCAUCUUCUUGUUAGUGUCCAAUGUGGGUCAAAUUAGUUGUUUUGGUUACAAUUCCCCAAGUUUGGUGCCUCUUUGGUGGGCAUUCACAUUCCUUUCCCAUGCCUGUGUCCUUGGAUCGUUCAACCGUUGUCUCUGGUUGGCACUUCUGGUUCCUGUCAUCCCCCUGUCCCUGUAUUACCCCCAUCUCCCCUCCCCAUACUUUAUGGCAGGCUGCCAUCAAAGUGAAGCAGGGCUGAAGCGGUGUGAUGGCAGCGCGAGAUCUUCUUGAAGACCAGAGAAGCUCUUCCCUUCUUCCUGAUGUCUGAACUAGCUUCCUGAGAUGUGGGAAGGUGGCAAUGCAUGACCAUCCUUGGUCCCCUUAUUGGAACCACCUGGGCUACCUGGUUCAAGGGUCUCCCAGUUUAUCUCUGGAUGGGCUGUUCCUGCUAUGGAUACUUUGAUGAUUGUGUUAUUGUUCCUCCUCCUUUUUCUUAUUCUUUUAAAAACAGAUAAUAAAAAUCAAAUGAAGAGUAAACAAAGGCAGAAGUACAGAUGACAAAAUCAUUGUGGAUAAAGUCCUUGGGCUUGAAAGGGUGCUACCUUCUUCCCCUUUCUUGUCAUGCAGGACGAAGCAAAUGGCAGAGGGACCGUAAAUUUAACUACAGUGGCAAUGCCAACCCAAAUUGCAGCAGAAACUGUUAUCACCCAUAUGAGUCAUGCUGGCACAAGGACCACUAUGUGGAUUGUCAGGUGCCCAGAGACCAGUAUCGGAGCUCAGGAAACUCAGGAAACUUCCAGCCCAGCAGCCUCUCUCGUAAACGCCCCUAUGAUCAGUACAACAGUGAGCGCAAUUACCGGGAUUACAGGUACUGUUAUGAAGCCAAGAGACAAAGAUUAGAUGCAUUCCGGCCCCAGAAUGACCAACAAGAUUUUCAGAGGAUGUCUGACUAUAGACCUCUCUUGGGUUAUCAUGGGCAAGGGCCAUCUGACCUUUACUGGCAUUUCCACCCAGACAAAUCGGCUGAUUACAAGCAACUCCUUCCCACUCCUCCCUCCCAGGUCCCUGACCCUCACUCUCCAGUUUCUCAGAAAUCCCCACUUGAUGCCAAGUCUCCCAUCCAGCAUCGUUCACCUCUGGAUAGGCCCUUAGAGCAGAAGAACAAUCCAGAGUAUAACUGAAGUGGCUGGAAAACCUAGAGGCCCAGAAGCAGAGGCAAACGGAAAAAGCCAGUCCGGCUCGAGGAAACGCCAGUUUCAGGGCCAUCAAUGCUGGAACUAGAAAGCCUGACUAGAGUGCUGUAGAGCUUUGGGCUGUAAGAAUUGAAAGUGAGUCAGAAGAACUGGAUCCACCAAGGGGCCUAAAUUUUAGCCCCAAAUUUGCCUCCCAUCAGUAUACUGGCUGAACGUUGAGAGUGGCCUUCCCUGCACCAAGGGGCCUGUGGAGAACAAGGUCAAGUCUACCCCCUUCAUUUUGGAAUGAAGAGGUUGCAUUUGUGUCCGUUUGAUGCAUUUAUGAAGGUUUAUUGGAAGAUUGAAGGAGGAGAUUCUGGCUGCUGUUUGGUUUCUACCAGUCAUUCAGUUGCGAUAACCCUACUUGAUGCUGUUGCAUUUCCCUACAAGAUCCGGGGUAGAAGAACUUUGGUGCAUAAAGUUAUGGACUUAAAGAGAAAAUGAAAUUCCUGUGACUAAAUAUAGUAAUAUUAAUUUAUAUUUGUGACAAAGGAAUCUGCCACUCUAAGUGAUUUCCAAUGUAAAUAUGUUGCUUAUAUAUUCAAUAUUUUUUCUAUGGUUCCUGUACUUUGGGAUGUUGUACAUUAAAAGUUGAGUUUUUCAGAAA